AUGGUCGGUAUCGUAGGCUUGGCCGUGCUACUUAUCCAGACCGCAGUGGUAGGGUUGCCGUGGCUGGACUUCGACUUCCUGACCAACUACAUGUCAAGGAAGCCCGAGCUUGCCGGCGUGAAGGCCGCCGUCAUGGGUACGCUCAUAACGAUUUUGUUUACGGCGUUGUUCACGGUGCCCAUUGGAGUGGGCGCGGCUAUAUACCUCGAGGAGUACGCUCCAAAAAACCGGUUCACCCAGAUCAUCGAAGUCAACAUUUCCAACCUGGCCGGCGUGCCAUCCGUCGUGUACGGCCUGUUGGGACUGGGAGUGUUCGUGCAGCUGAUGUCGCUUGGCAAGGUUGUGCUGGCAGGUGCGCUGACGCUGACGCUGCUGGUGCUGCCCAUAGUGAUACUCGCUUCCAGAGAGGCGAUCCGGGCGGUACCCAACGAGUACCGCCUGGGCGCGUUCGCGCUGGGUGCCGACCAGUGGCAGGUCAUCAAGAGUGCGGUAUUGCCGUCUGCCCUACCGGGCAUCCUGACGGGGACCAUCCUGGCGCUGUCCAGGGCAGUGGGAGAGGCUGCUCCGAUCCUGGUAAUCAGUGGGCUGGUGUAUGUGACGUUCGUGCCAGGUCCUUUUGAUCGAUUCACGGUUCUGCCACUUCAGAUAUUCACCUGGGUUGGUCGCCCGCAGGACGAGUUCAGAUCUCUCGCCGCAGCCGGAAUCUUAGUGUUGCUGAUAAUUCUGCUGUCGAUGAACGCCGUCGCAGUUUUGCUGCGAAACAAAUACCAGAUCAGAUCAGAGGACUAG